AUGAUACAAAUUGAUGAAGAAAUUAGGACAACUUGUAUGUUUCCUAGUAAAUAUAGCGUUGUACGAGAGAAGAAGAAUAAAAUAGGUCAAGUUGUUUUCUGUCAACAAAUCAUCGGACGUGUGUGGACAUACUUGGUCGUUCUCUCAUUCACUAAACUACUUCUAUUCAUAAUGAAUAUUGUACAUAAUGCCAAAGAAGCUCAUCUGUCUUGGUUACCUUCUACCAGUGGAUCACCUCCACCGCCAAAUGCACUCCAAGCAGAUUCUGGCAUUUGUGUGAUUCGUGGCAAAAAGGGUGAACAUUUAAUACCAGGAAAAGAAAUUCCACUUUCUGAAUUUGAAAUUUUGUGCACCACGAACGUACUUUCAAAUCAAACUUUAUAUCAGUGGGUUCCAGCAUCUUUCGGUAGAGUUCCAGCUGGUGCAUUACUUGCUGGUAUAACUAACACAAGUGAACCUUUAUAUAUUGCUCGUGCUAUGGUACAAGAUGAAUUGUGUAUUGGUAAACUUAACUGUUCACAAAAAUUUGCACUUCUUCCUUACAAGGGUAAAGAAAACAAAGUGAAACAUUAUGAUGUACUAUGUUUUAUAGAACAGAAAGAUUAA